GGAAUUUAAAAUCCCCCCAAAAGAAAGGGAAUUCGUGUAAAGUUAAUCUUUAUAUUCCAAAUUCUAGUUACUUCCAGCCAUCAAUCUUAUCGGUCAGGGUAAACACAUGCCUUCAUUUGGCGAGGACCAAUACCAUUAACUGGAGAAGUCAAUGCUUUAUCAAACCCGUUUGGCCACCAUGUAUGUAUGUCAGAUCACGUGAUUUCUAUUCCUCCUUUUGCGUUGAAUGAAGAAAUAGCAGAUAAAACUAAUGAUGGAUUAAGAAGUUAAGACUCAGAGCAGUUGGACUAAUACCUGACUACAAUGGCGGAGAAGUCUAAACUGCGGUACACAGAAAUAGACGGCGUGGAAACCACCGACAUAGAGAACUUCCCCUACUCCGCCAUUAAAGCCCUGGGGGCCGUACAGAUCGGCCUGGGUGUCACGUGUCUGGUCCUGGGGCUGCUGGAUAUAUUCCUGUAUCUCUUUCUUGACGACGAGCUGGUAAUGGCGGGAGAUACCACGCUGAUGACGCUAACAAUAACCUCCUCCCCGAUCUGGUGCGGCCUCUGGUUCAGCGUUGCUGGUUGUAUGGCAGCUUGUAUGAAUAAAAGAAAUAAGUCCAAUUUAAACUAUUUUAAAAUGACGUUUUUGGUGCUUAGCAUCCUUUGUUCCGCGUUGUUUGCCCCCGUGUGUUGUAUCCUUAAUAUCGUCAUGGCCAUCCUGCGUCACGAAUUAGAGCCUGAUUCCUAUCGCUGGAUGGUGCCUAUUCUUAUUGCUUUCUUUUCCUUCAAUGAGCUGAUCUUCGCCAUUGCUUCUGCUUCCAUUUGUUGCUGCUGCGCUCCAAUCAGGACCACACAGAUUCGAGUCGUAAUGGCCAGACAAGUCACGGACGCUAAGAUGAAUUCAGUCGGGGCUUCAGGAAGAGAAAAGAGCAGCGACUCCUUGGAAAUAUUUACCACUACAGAUCGGCAUGGAAAUCCACUAAAACCGCCCUUACCGAAGGACAAAAAAGAGGAACUUCACCCAGCAGAUCCCCCAAACGUCGUCCUCCCCCCUAAAAUCUCCAACAAAAAGCCACCCGACGAGAACGACUACAGACCCAUUACCAAGGAGUCCAGCUACGAGAAGAUGAAGAGACUGGUGUUACCGAGUGCCUCCAUGCCGCGAACUGAGGAGAUAGAGCCCAGAGAUCAGUUCUGAUAAUGUACGCCAAGAGUCAUAUUUAUUUAAUAUUUAAAUUGGUAUCUAAUUUAUUAUCAUCCGAGAUUUACUUGAUGUACAAGAAAUACUGCUUUUGUGUCCCUUUACCAUAAACCGCUUAUACAUUUACAGUGUCAUGCUUUUCGUGGUAAACCAACAUAGGUAUACAGCUGUACAUGUAUGCAGCCAAAGUCUUCAUACACACAUACAAGCAUAUGUGUAUUGUAAUUGUAUUGUAACUGAAAAAUGCACAUGUGAUUUCUUUGAUAUUCUAGUAAUUUCUCCCAAAAGCAAUAGAAGCUGUCCAUUCAGUCGUUUCUCAGUUGUAAAAAAAAAUGCAUAAAUAAUUGAUUUAAGAUCUGGAUAUGUAUCCAUCCAUGUUAUUUUUUAACUUAUGCAUGUUUUACAAUGAUCAUCCUUCAGCAGUCC